AUGAUUCUGGGCAAUUUAGCUUGUACUGUAACAGGUGCAUGCAUAGUGAUACCAUGUGAAAUAUUUGAUGCUGAACAAGUAAUGAAAUGUGUUGAACAGGAAAAAUGUUCAUCGUUGUAUGGUGUACCGACAAUGUUCAUAGCUGAGCUGGAUCAUGUAAAUUUUGUCAAAUAUAAUUUUAGUUCAUUGAGAACAGGCAUUAUGGCAGGAAGUAUCUGUUCAACUGAACUAAUCAAAUCUGUACAAAGUAAAAUGAACAUCAAAGAGCUAGCUGUCUGCUACGGCAUGACUGAGACAUCUCCAGUUUCAACACAAACAUUGCCCAAUGAUUCAUUAGAAAAUAGAGUAACAACGGUUGGGAAAGUACAAGACCAUGUGGAAAUUAAAAUUAUUAAUAUUCAUUCAAAUGAAACUGUUCAACGAGGACAAAUAGGUGAAUUUUGUUUGCAAGGCUAUCAUGUUAUGAUUGGUUAUUGGAAUAAUAAAGUAGAAACAGAGAAAAUAAUAGAUAACGAGGGUUGGUUACAUUCUGGUGAUUUAGCAAUUAUGAAUGAUGAUGGUUAUAUAAAAAUUGUAGGACGUAUUAACGAUAUGAUUGUUCGCGGUGGUGAGAAUAUUUAUCCAAAAGAAAUUGAAGAACUCUUAUGUAAACAUCCGGCAAUCAGUGACGUUUAUGUCAUAGGUAUACCAGACAGAAAGUAUGGCGAACAAGUUAUGGCCUGGGUUAAAUUAAAAUCGAACAUAACAGAAGUAAACGAGGAAGCCCUUCAUGAUUUUUGUAAGAAUCAAAUUUCCCAUUAUAAAAUACCACAAUAUUGGAAAUUUGUCCAAGCUUUUCCAGUUACCGUAACUGGGAAAAUACGUAAGGUAGAAAUGAGAGAAAUAGCAAUUCAAGAAUUGAAUCUUAAACUUAAGAAACCUUAA